GGUUACUUCAGUGACUUCCUUCCUCUUAUGAGCUUAGUAUAUAUUUGGUAUCUGACUUGUGUGGAAGUAUAUGACGUAUAAAAUUAAUUUAUUUCGGUCGAUAUACAUAUGUAUACCAAUUGUUAAACAAACUGGUUGGCGCGCGUAAAAUUGCUAUAGUUUGAAGAUAUUAGCUAAAAUUAUACCAAAGCGAAGUGUAUGGAAAUUUCUGUGAUUUCAGCCUCUAAAUACAGAGAAUAUAUGAAUAAAUACAAUCUAGCCCUUUAUCGUCGCUGUUAUUAAUUAUUCACAAUGCAGAACCGGACUUCCAACUAUGCAAAAUAUUCACAAUUUAAUUUUUCAAUUCCCGACUACUGUGUCUUUGGAGCGCUUUUGUUGUUCUCCACAGGAAUCGGUAUCUAUUUUGGCUACAUAAGAAAGAAACCAGUUAAACCAAGUCGUGAUGAGGAACUGGACGAUUAUAAUGUACCGGACUUUGGUUCUAAAGGAAUGAAUGAAUAUAUGCUGGGAUCCAGACAAAUGAAAGUGUUUCCAGUGGCAAUGAGUCUUGUUGCAAGCUACAUUUCUGGCGCAACUAUGCUGGGCACACCAUCGGAAAUCUACAACUAUGGCACUCAAUAUUGGUUCAUCAUUAUACCGAUCAUUUUGAUGGCAAUUACGGUGUCAAAAGUGUAUAUGCCAGUAUAUUCCGUGUUAAAAGUUAGUUCCUCUUAUGAGUAUUUGGAAAUUCGUUUCGGCGGCAGUGUUCGGACAAUUGCCGCGGUUCUGUUCACUCUUAACACGAUAUUAUACUUGCCAAUAGUUUUAUAUGUGCCCUCGUUAGCGUUUAAUCAAGUCACUGGAGUUAAUGUAUACAUCACCAGUAGCUUCGUCGGUUUAAUUGUGGUGAUCUACACAAUAUUGGGUGGUAUUAAGGCUGUGAUCCACACUGAUGCUUGGCAAACAUUGGUUAUGUUUAUUGGGCUUAUAGUUGUCGUCCUACUUGGAACGAUAUAUGCAGGUGGAUUUGGACCAGUAUUUCAGCACGCUGCUGAAGGUGGGCGCAUCAUAUUUGCUAAUAUAAACCCAUCAUUAUAUGAGAGACAGUCAUUAUGGGCUGUAUUGAUUGGUGGCUUUUUCUAUUGGACCUGUAAUAAUAGUGUAAAUCAGACUAUGGUUCAACGUUACUUGUCCCUGCCGACAUUGAAGAAAGUACAGCAAUCGAUGACCAUCUUUACGAUUAGUGCUAUAAUAUUCAUUUCGUUUUGCUGCUUUGCCGGUUUAUUGAUAUUUGAUUUCUAUCGAAACUGUGAUCCACUAAGCGCUGGACUUAUCUCGAAUAACGAUCAAUUACUACCGGUCUAUGUAAUGCAAAUUGUUGGUCAUCUACAAGGCAUACCGGGUCUCUUUAUAGCCGGCGUCUUUGGCGCAGGCUUAAGUACUUUAUCGAUAGGAUUUAAUUGUGCUGCUUUGGUGAUCCUUCAGGAUAUUGUGCGUGCUAGUUUUAAAGUGAAGCUAAGCGAACGCGCUUCAACGAUUCUUGUCAAAUUCACAAUAAUUAUUCAGGGUAUAAUUACGGUUGCGUUAAUUUUUGUACUCGAAAAGUUAAGUGGCAUUUUGAGUGUAGUGUCCUCACUGAUUGCCAUUGAAACUGGUACCAGUUGUGGUAUAUUCACACUCGGCAUGUUGGUACCAUGGAGCACAACGAAAGGUGCUUUGGCUGGCGCUGCUGCAGGCGCAAUUAUGUCAGGUUGGGUGUCUUUUGGCACACAAGCAGCAAUAGCAAGCGGUCAACUUGGUUCGCAUAAGUUGGAAGUUUUCGUAUCGGAAUGUCCCGCUAAUUCCACAAUAACUGUACCCGGUUAUGUUGAUGAGUCGGACGUAUUUCCCUUAUAUCGUUUAUCAUAUCAUUGGAUAACAGUAAUUGGUUUUUUAUCAACAUUGCUGGUUGGCACGGUCACAUCUUUCCUUUGCGGACCAAAGGAUUUGAAAACGUUGGACGCAAAUGUAAUAUCACCUGUAAUUCAUAGAUUUUUACCAAAGGAAUGUUUCAAUAUUACGCCUGAUUCAAGCCCUUAUUUUAGCCGAGCUAAUUCUGCACGAACAUCAACUUAUAUCUUGAAUAAGUCCAAACACAAAGGUGCUACGGAGAAAUACUAAAAUAUACAAAUUGAAUAAAACUUAAUUUUUAAUCUAUUUACUUUUUUAAA